AUGGAGACAACCCCAGCCAUAAUUAUCUUUGCUGGUGGGAUACUGGCCUAUGCACUAGGGAGCGUGGUCUACAACCUAUUCCUCAGCCCACUUUCAAAAUUUUCAGGCCCAAAACUGGCAGCAUGCACGUACAUCCCAAGCCUCUAUUGGACGUCAACAGGACAGAAUCACAUGAAGAUGAAGGAGCUCCACGAUAAAUACGGAGAUGUGGUCCGAGUCGGACCCAACGCUCUCGUAUACCGCAGCCCUCAAGCCUGGAAAGAUAUUUAUGGCCACCGAAAGCCAGGGGCAGGGUCAUUCCUGAAAGACCCUAAGUUCUACGUGCGGGGUCCAACAGGACCUAACGUCCUCAACGCCGACGAUGCAGAUCACUCGAGAGAAAGAAGAUUGCUAUCGCACGCCUUUUCCGAAAAGGCACUCCGCGACCAAGAGACCCUCAUUCAGUCUUACGUUGAUCUCUUAGUGGAGCGGCUGAAUGGACAGGUUGUAGCCGCGCGCGGCGCGAUCGACAUGUGUCGUUGGUACAACUACACCACAUUCGACAUAAUCGGAGACCUUGCUUUUGGGGAACCAUUUGAUUGCCUGCAAGAGAGCAAGUAUCACCCAUGGGUGAAGAUGGUUUUCUCAAGUGUGAAAGGUGGAGCACUACUACGUCCCCUUCAAAUCUAUCCCAUUAUAGCACCGAUUGUGAGAAUGCUGCUUCCAAAGCGGGUCAUGAAAAUGAGGAAUGAACACUUCGCCAUGAGUGCGGAGAAAGUCCACCGUCGACUGGAGGUUAAGACAGAGAGGCCGGAUUUCAUGACUUAUAUUCUGCGACACACUGAUGAUCGUGCAAUGACUGGAAAGGAGAUGGAAGCAAACGCGGCUCUGCUGAUUCUUGCUGGAAGCGAGACCACUGCCACCUUGCUCGCGGGAUUAAGCUACUAUCUUGCCCAGAACCCGGCGACAUAUAAGAGACUUGUGGAGGAGAUUCGGAGUACCUUCAAGUCCUAUGAUGAUAUUAACUUCUUGGGCGUGAGUCAGAUGACGUACUUGAAUGCCGCCCUAGAGGAGGCCCUGCGGGUCUACCCACCCGUUCCGGCGGUCAUCCCGCGUGUCGUGCCAAAGGGGGGCUCGGUCAUUGAUGGGAUGUUCGUUCCACAGGGGGUGUCUGUCUCCGGAGCCCAUUACUCGACCUACCAUGCCGAAUCCAACUUUGCUGAACCAGAUUCUUUCAUCCCAGAGCGAUGGCUGGAUGAUCGAGAGAAGCGCUUCGAGUCGGACAACAGAUCGUCUCUUGCUGCAUUCUCACUCGGACCCCGUAACUGCAUUGGAAGAAACCUCGCCUAUGCCGAAAUGCGGGUCAUUGUGGCCAAGGUUUUCUGGAGCUUUGACAUGACACUCGAUGAGAGUUCAAAAGGGUGGAAUGUCCAGAAAUCAUUCAACAUCUGGGAGAAGAAGCCGCUAAUGAUGCAUUUGACAAAAGUUCAGCAUUAG